GGGGGUAACUCCUCUCACUCGGAGAUACUAGCUUCACCACAUUUAGUACCAAUAAAACUAUAAUGCAGUGUGAAUAGAUGCCAUUCUCUAUUUGACUUGAAUUUACGACUGCAUAUAUCUAGAAAUUAUUUAUCCGUAUAUAGAUUCAGUAGGCCUAUGGAAAGGCAUUUAUUAAGGAGUGACUGCAUGCAUUUUCAUUGGUUAGAUUGAGUAUUUGCAUAUUAUUCUACACGCAUGCGCCGCAUAACACGGAGGCCAUUUUGGAUUCUGUCGGUCGACAGCAUUCAAGAAAAUCCUGAAAAAAGAAAAUACCAGAAUAUAAAUAAAAUAUCAACAGAUGGGUUGUGUUGGCAUAGCAGAGGGAAGUGCUGGUGUUGCUGUCCAUUUUAAUUUGUAAAGUGUCCAGUAUACAAGAUUCAACAGAAAAAUGAAUAGCACUGCAACCUCGGAAGGAUGUGAUACAUCAUAUCUAAAUAUGAGUUCUAUAAAUGGACAGUGUGCAAUUGAGAAAAAGCAGCUGAACGGCCAAAAUAGUUCUGUUCACAGUGACCAAAUUGUGAUCAAAGAGUCACCCCCAUCCAGGAAAGAAGAUUAUACCAGUGACAUGGGCAUUUUUAACAGAAAAAAUGGACCUCCUUUUGAUGGGACUCCCAUUAAUCUGCUGGAUGAUAAAUCAUUUGUGAUCAACGAUAAAAUGAGAAGUUCAUUUAGGGAUAUCAUGAACAAAAUGUCAGAAAAUACUCCAACUCUUGGAAAUCUCCUAGCUAAAACAAAAUAUACAGGUUUGAAUACCAAGGAUACAAAAAGCACUAUCAAUUUACAUGCACCGCCUCCUUCCAUUGCUACCACAGCACCUUCUGUAUCAAGUGGAACUAAGUCUACAUCUGUUGGCAACCUAUUUGACAAAAUGCAGGAAAUGCAAAAUUCUUCAAGUUCUGUUGAAGAAAUGAAUGAGUGCAAAGCCAAAGCAAAAGUGGAAUCAGAGACAAAGGAUAAAUGUUUAGAAGUGAUAGAACUUGAUGACAGUACAGAAGAAAAUGAAACCAAAGACAAGGUCAACUGUGAUUUAUCAAUGCAGUCAAAUGAUCUCAAAGCAAAAUCAGACCAAAUGAAGUCUGAAGAAGAAAUGUUAGAAAUAGGCUCAGAGGAAGAGGAAGAGGAAAGGAAGAAACUAAAUGAGAAUGACAUUUUGGAAAAUGACAUGAGAUCAGAGGAGGAGAAUAAACUGUUGGCAUCAGAUGAGGACACUCAGCAAUCAGGAUUGUCUAUAGAAAGCCAUCAAUCUCAGGAAUCCACAAGUAAAGGGGAGGAAUCUCAGGACUCAGUGGACUGUGAUAAAAAAUCUGCAAGUGAUCAUGGAAAGGACAGUGAAUGUGUAUCAGAUAAAAUGGAUGUUGAUGAGGAGGAAGAGGAGAGUGGAAGUGAAAAUGAUGUGCAAGAGAAGAAAGAGAAAAAUGAAAUAAGUGAAGAUUCUGUUCAUAGUGAGGACAGUAAGUCAUCUGAGGACAGCAAAAGAUCCGAUUCUAAGGAUGUAAAGGAGGAAAAGGAAAAAAAUGAUAAGAAAAGACCAGCAACCUUCCAAGAAGGAUAUUUGUUUGAACCGAAGCGAUCCAGGCUGGAUAUGGUGAUUGGAAAACUGGGAUCACAGAUUGGAAUAGCUCCUGAAAGUCUGAAAGAUGAUGAAAUGUCUGACACUGAUACAGCAACUGAAUCCACCCCAACACCAACAGAAGAUACUGAGGAUGAAGAUGAAGAACGAAGUGUCCAAAGAAAGAAAAAGAAACCACCAGUUAGACUCUCAGAAAAGGCUUUGGAUAAAAUGGUAAAAACUAAAGUGCUAAACUACCUAAAAACUGAGAAAGAAGGAUUGGUAGCAGAACUUCGACAGAAGGUUGAGGAGUUGCAAGCAUCCAAUGACAUGUGGAAACAAAGAGCCAAGGAUCUUGAAAAGCAGAUACUAGAUGUUACAGUAUUGCAGCAGAAACAUGAAAAGCGCAAAGCCAAAACAGCGGCUCUUAGGCAAAUCACCACAAAGAAUGUGGGAGUUCAGGUUGAUUCUCAUAGGACGGCAACUUUAGUUCAAGUCCAACAGCAGGUGCAGCAGACAACUCCAGUUAAAUCUCCGGUAUCCAAACCUGUCAACAAAACUCCUACUACUACAUUUAUUCAAACUCAUGCCACCUCCAAACCAGGUCCAAUUCUCACCAUCUCAAAAACUACUUCAUCUUCCCCUCAGCUGGCUCCACCAAGGUCCACCCUCAAUCCAGUAACAAACAUUCCAAUUCUCAAGAAUCAGACCUCGACACAACCUCAGGAGGAGAUUCCGUCUGAAAAUCGAUUUGCAAAACCUGUCAUGGAAAAAGAAAUCAACGAUCUCGUGAAGAAUAGGAAAAACAAGAACACAAGACGGAGCACAGAUUGGGUGAGCAGAACCUGGCAAGAAUGGGUUAAAUCUCGUGGGAAUGUGCCUGAUCUUUUACAAAUGAGUAUUAUGGAACUGAACCACUAUCUGUCGUGCUUUGUAAUUGAGUGUCGACGCAAGGAUAAAUCUGAAUACCCACCCAAUACUCUCUAUCAGAUGUGUUGUGGAUUAUUGCGUUAUAUGCGCGAUCAUGAAGUAAUUGAUAAAAACUUUAUGGACCUUAAUGAUCACAGAUUUGCUGGAUUUCACAAAACAUUGGACGCUAGAAUGAAGGAUUUAACUUCGAGAGGAUUGGGAGUGCAAAAACAACAGUCGGAUCCUAUUACGGCGGACGACGAGGAAAACUUGUGGACCUGUAAUCAAUUAGGUGUGGCCACAUCUCAAAGUUUAUUCAACACUGUGUUCUACUACAAUUGUAAAAUCUUUGGAUUAAAGGGUUUGGACGAACAUCGUAAAUUAGAAUGUAACCAGUUUCGUUUGUCGAAAGAUAGUGGCGGAUCCUACAUUGAGUUUCAGGGAAGGUCUCGUAAGAAUUACCAGGGCGGAAUUAAACAACGCAAGAUAGAAGCAAAAUCACUGAAACACUACACUGAUCCUGGCAAGGAUAGGUCAUUAUUUGAUAUUUAUGAUCUUUAUUUGUCUUUGAUUGGAAAUGAGGGCCCAUUUUACAAGCGCCCACUUGAUGGGACCGUAUUAAGAUUUUCAGAGCAGCCAUUAGGUCUCAACAAACUUUCAACCAUAAUUAAAGAUAUGACCGAAAAGGCAGGGAUGCAGGGAAGAUAUACAAACCACUCAGCGAUAAGGAGUUGUGCUACUACUUUGUUUCAAAGCGGAGUGGACCAACAGUCAAUAAUGGCACGUACUGGACAUCAGAGCAACACUGUUCGUGCAUACAAAAGACCAUGCGAAUCGCAGGAGUGCCUUGUCAGUAAACUUCUUGAUUCGCCAUCAGAUGAAAUUGCCAUGUUGGAACCCUCCGUCAAAAAACCUACGAUCCCUAAGCCAAUCCAUGACGGGGAGUGUGCGGCAAAGGGAGUUCUUACAAACAGUAGUCAUAUACCUAUUAACAUUUCAAAUGGCAUAGUUAAUUUCUAUACUGUUGGAAAAUAGAAACUGUAGUAUUUGUUUAAGAACAUUACAAAUUAUAUAUUUUCUUUUUAAGUUAAUUUUGUUUGAAGUUGUGUAAAAAAUGCACUUAUUAAAAUUUGAAAUAUAUGUGUUUUGUUUCUAUUGUGUAAUUCUGAUGUUAGUACCGCCCAUGCGAUAACAAGGUGGGCGGAGAUCCUGUUGGUAAUAACCAGAUACAAUUCCUGAACAUCAAAAGAAAAUCACUGCAAAUAUGUGACAAAGCCUUUUACUUGAUAGUCAUAGGCAGGUUGAUCCUGACAAAAAAAAAAUUGACCCAAAUUUGUAGGUCAAAUGAGGUCACUCAGUUUUUUACCACUCAUACACCAACUGUGUGUGACGAAAAACAAACAAAAUAUUCUAUGAAUGAUUAUGAUCAAAAUUUAUAAAUAAUUAUGAUGAAAUAUGCAUACAUAUUGUAUCAAAUAACUACACAAUUAGCAUGAGUACAACUGAUAUUUAGAUUAGGAUUUGCAUAUUAUUAUUUUGUUGACUUGAGAACACAAAUGUAUAAAGAGCAAAUGAAAGCAAGAUUUUAUAACCUGCAAGAGAGCCUUCUCAUGAGUCUAUGUAGAGCUCAAUCCCCUGCUUUUAAUUAGGAUUCUAUGGUACCUAAACAUUAAAACUGUAAUGAAAUGCCAAACAAUAUACCUCUUCAUCUUAUAACUAAUUCUAUGAAGCAGAGUUUUAAAUCUAAGAAUUCAUAUAUAUUAUUUGAGAAAAUGCACAAACCAGCAUCUUUUUCUCGAAGUAACUUUAGAACAAAGUCACGCCCAAGAUUUGUGCAGCAAUAGCAUUGAAAUAUGUGUUAUCCAUCUUAUCUUAUGAAAGAAUUGUUGAUAUUUUUCCAUUGCAUUUCCUUGCAGAAUAUUGGCUUAGUGCAGAUCAUCUCCUAAAGUGAUAAUUGUGUAAUUAGGUCAUACUUGCAUCUGUAUAAGCACUGGUCUUAAUUUUUUGACACAUGUUAUAUUUGUGCCAAUUUAUAUUUGUACUUCAAAACUGUAAUGGUGCAUUCACGCAGACCAUAUUAGAUAUCUAAAAAAUUCCAUGGGCAAAACCCUCUAUUUUCUACAUAUUUGCAAUAAAAACGAAAA